GUACAGGGCAAUGGCACACUGCCAGCGCGCCGAGCUCAGUGCCGGGCUAGUCACCGCCUGUAGUGGAGGUCGGAGGAGCGUCCCCUCGCGUCCCCGCCCAUCCGAGAGCAGAAACGCCCACACUCACAGGUGCCGGGUGCUGGAAGAGGAGACCGCCUUCCUCCGCGCGCUUGCUUGCCUUCGAAUACCCAACGACGCUCGCGAGAGAGAGCAACGAAAUCGACUUGUUCCUCCUUGGAGCAGAAGCAGAAGCAGGGACAGAAGAAGCAGAAGCAGAAGGAGGAGGAGUAGAAGACGAAUUUAACGGGAGUUGAAAGUUUGAUGAAGGAAUAGGACAAAAGAAGAGGAAGAAGAGGAGAGAAGGGAAAGAAGGAGAAGUCGACGUUCACCGGGUAGCUUGUUCUGAACGUGUCGUUGACGGCGUUGAAGCAAAAUAAAAUAAGAAAUAAGAAGAAACGGAAGAGGUUCUGGGAAGUGAGUCGUUAAAUAUAUAUAUAUAUAUAAGGAAAGAGAGCGAGAAGGAGAAAGAGAGUGAUGUCACCUAUGGUUUGCUAGUGUGAAGUGUGGAAUUCUCUGCCUAAGGAGGAACUAUUGUUUUUUUUUUAUUUAUUUAGAUAUAAGUUAAUUCAGAAAGAAAAAUCGUAUAGAAACGUCUUUCAAAGCAAUUAUUUGCUUACUAUUCAUCACAUGGUGUCAGGAAGUGUCUGUGAUAUAUCGACCUAUACAAAAAAGGUAUAAUAGUAAUAAAAAUAUAAAAGUGGAGAAAACGUCAAGUGAAGAAAACGAGAGAAACAUCAUCAACGGAGAGGAGGAACUUCGAUAAAACAAAAAUGGAGAAUAAAAAAGGAGAUAGAGGAGUCCGGAAGGAGAGAAGCUUUGUACAGGACCGAAGUUUCCCCGAACGACCGGCCUUCUGGAGGAGCGCGUCGUUUUGCCGGGCCGGCGAAGGGCGCGGGGGCCAGCAGCAUCAUCAGCAUCAUCAGCAUCAGCAGGCGGACCCGGCGGCGAUGAAGAAGGAGAGAAGCUUCGUCAGGCACUCUCACCACCAGCAGUACCAGCACUCCAACGCCAACAACAAUAAUAACAACAAUAACAACAACAACAGCCACCACCACCACCACCACCAGAAUGCUCGGGACGGCAGAUCACACCCUGGCGGCCUCUCUCGCCAGCGCUCCUUCGUCAGGCAUAACUCCAGCCAGCAGGCCCGGGACCAGACGCGGCGCCGCAGUGCCAUGCCUGCGACCAACCGCAGCAAGCCAGCCAUGGAGCUCUACCGCCCACCCACACUCCGAGGACCCGGCAUCUUCGACAACGCGAACGGCGACGCAGUCUACAACGGCAAAGUGGCAUCGAACGGCGGCUACCACGAGAGCAAGUCGGGCCUCAACGUGAACGCGCGCGAGUUCGUCUCCGUGACCACCACCAGGCCGCCGCUGCAGCACUCGAAGUCCUCCAGCAGCGUCCCUCUUCAGGGGCGACCCGACGGGCUGCAGCACUCCAAGUCCGGCAGCAACCUUCGUCAGAGCAGCAACGGCGAGGUGCGGCCCCCUAGCGGUUCCCCCCCCAGGGUGCACUUCAGUGACGACAAGGAGAAUGACCCGCAGCUCAAGUUCUCUCGCCCCCCCUCCCUGGCCGUGGGGGUGCUGAGCCAGCCGGGCAUCAAGCGAUCAAAGUCUCUCGGUUCAGCUGAUCUGCGCGCGACCCAGCUGCUGGAGGCGUCGACCCCCCCCGCCGCCAUGCCCGACCUGGGGCCCUUCUCGCCGGACGUCCAGGGCGCCAUCACCAAGGCCAUGACAGACCCGAACAGCGUGAGCGCCCGCCAGCUGAUGGAGGUGGUCCGGCACGUGUUCACGCGGGUGGUCGAGGCUUCGCGCCACGCUGAGCCCGCGGCCAGACUCUGCAUCUCGAUCAUUGAGAAAGAGAAGAACGAAACAUUCCUGGAGACGCUUCUGAACACGUGUCAGGAGUACUUCCAAGAGCGCGACCGACUGCUGCGCAACAACCCCCCAGCCCCCUACCCCGGCUUCGUGCCGGCGCACCCGAGGUGGAUCGCGUACAUGACCUUCCUCAAUGAGAUGUAUACGCAGCUCAAACGACGGCAUGUGCAGCUCAUGACGAAACGGAUGAGGAACAGCGAGACUCCUGCGGGACUCCUCCUCCUCACACUUCUCUCGCAGUGUUGCCAAGUCUGCCUCAAGGAAAAUUCUGUGAAUAGUCUUGCAGAGACUGAAUGCUUAUUCUUCGUGCUGACGGGCCUGGGGAAGGACAUCGAGGUGGAACUCCCUCACCAGAUGGCUAAGGUGAUGGGAGCGGCCAGAGACGCCUUCCUCACCACUGUGCGAGUCCCUGCAGUGCGCAAGACCCUCCUGCAGUUGAUCGAGAUGCAUGCGGCGAGGUGGCAGCUUCCGGCACCAGCUGUUAUGUACUACUAUCCAGGGUCGGGGAGUAAAUAAUGAAAUGUAAACGAAGUCUUUGGUUUUGUGGGUCCCAGAUGCAUUGAGUUUCCUUUUUUUAUAUAUAUAAAAUCUGGUGCCAAAAGUGUUUUUGUUGUGGAAGGAAAAGACUUCGUAUGGAAGGAAGGGAAAAUAAUUGCCUUGUUUGGGUAAUUGACUUGUUAAUGUUACGCGUUACUUGCUUGGCCAAAGAAUAUUCUUUUCUUUAAAAAAUACACAAAUCCUGGUCUUGGCGGUGACAUUAACAGGAAAAUGUCCUUUCAAACAAGUGCCGUAAUUUGGCACUCCUGGCCUAGUCAUCCAUGUUUGCCUUGUCAAGAAACAGAGUCAAUCUCAAAGCAACUGCAAGAAAAUUGGUUGUUUGACAACUUAUGGAACUUUUCAUCAUACAGACUGCUCUGGAAUAUGAUUGUAUAUCGACUUUGGUUUCACUGUCGAAAUUUAAGACUGUUAAUCAAAGCUUUACAUCAGCAAUGAGCUUUGGCUGUUUUCUGUCACUUGUCCAAAUCUUCCCAAAACACUGGCUUUUUUACAUUAUCAAGAACAUUUGAAAGGAUUUUUUUCAUCUCCAACUGACAGCAUGAUCACUACCCCACUUCUCUAAAGCAACAACAGAUGAAAGUGCACAUUUACAGUGCUUAUUGCAAGACCCAAAGAGUUAUACAAAACUUAAUGAAGAAACGGGAGGCAAGCUACCCUUGUGCCAUGUUGUUGUGCUAGUUUACAGUACUCCACUGGGAUGCCUUUCCUCAGUGGCUUUGAACCUGCCGCCAUACAGUGUACCGCCGCUCGCAUGUUGAGACUCACGGGACAAGGUUGCCAGUUAAGCAUGUCCCAAGGCAGAGGAGGUGUGCUCUGGGGGGACGCCCGCUGUUCCUCGUGAAACCUAAAGCUCUUUUGUGUGCACCAGAAGGAGGGAUGUCUUACUCUGACUCCUCUAACGAUCGACCGACGUUGAUAAAACGAUUCUCGAUACUUCUCUCGAGUGACAGCCCGUGCGGCAAGGCCCGGGCAGUCAUCCUCAAGGUAAUGAAGUGGCCAGCUGGAGGCAAGGAGAAGCCCGGAGGCUGUGGGUGUUCUCCGCGGUGCUCCCUCGACGGCUCUUCGUGCAGGGAGCUCACACGCCUCACUGCUUGCAAGGUUCCCACACUCGCUGGAUCUGAGACUGGGGUGCUGGCAGACUUUUAGAAAAAGAGCUCAUAAUUGUUCCUUAACCAAAGGUAAAUGCCUAGAAAGUUAAAUUAGUUGUACUGAAACACUCAGAAGGGGCCAGAAAUGUCAGCCUCGUUUAUCAUUAAAUGCACCAAUGACCUAGCUAGUGAUGCCAGGUCGUGAGAGUGCGAAAGAUGAUAAUUUUGGAAGUGACCUUAAGGUCAUUCAGUUUAUUCAUUGAGACACAGGAACGUGCGUGUCUUGGCAGUUCUCUGCGGGUGUGGCAGCCCUCUCCAUGUGGCUCAAAGGCGGUCACUCUAGCUGCUCUCUGCUCUACACCCCGGGCCCCUCUCCAGCUGUACCUAUGAGCUGUUCUCCCCCUUCCCCCUAAUCCAGCUGUGUCUUGCGACCAGCUGCGAUCGUCUUCCAGAAAGGAUCCAACUCCAACGUGACAGCUUUCAGUUGGUUCACCUCCUGCAGUCCUUUCUCUUUCCUCUCCUUGCAAUGCCUUGCAAAAUUACAUGGAACUUUUUUCUCCUUUUUUGUGGCCAGGAAGGACUGGACCUGCACUACACGAGAAAAAAAUAAUGAAAAAAUGAAAAGGAAUACACUGAGCUGACUGGAUUCUUCAGAUAACAUCCAGAUCAACUGCAUUAUUUUGAUAACUGAUGAACAUUUUGUAUAGUUACAGAAAAGAACACUUUGUGAUAUUAUUUCUAUUUUUUUUCCAGAUUUCUUUUUUAUUCAUCAGUCAGUCAUUCUUUGCCUUUCAACAUUAUGAAUUUAUUAUAGCUUUUGAAUCACCCCUCAAUGUAUUUCUUGUGUGCUGUUGUAUUCAGGAUACACUCGCAGCUGGAUGAGAUUUCGAAUGUAUUUUCCCCCAGCUAACCUCUUGUCAGUCUUGCUCAGCUGUGCUCGUUUCCCAUGCUGAAAAAGGGAAGAAAAACCAGCAUUAUUUUUAUAUUUGCUUUUAUAAUUAUGGUGACUGACUUUUUUUUUCUUUUCUUUUCUUUUCUUUUCUUUUCUUUUCUUUUAUCUUUUCAUAUCUCUGUCUAUGACCUUUUUCUUCUUUUUUUCAAAAGAAUUUUUUGUGCUCUGUGAGUAUUUUUUUUAAUGAUGAUUGUGAAUAAGAUGAGUUAGAAAUUUAAGUGCCUUAAAGUGUGUGUGACGCAACUAUCACAUCUUACAAUGGGUGAAAUGUUGUAUACAGUACUAUUAUAUUACAUUAGUAUAUAUAUAUAUAUAUAUAUAUAUAUAUAUAUAUAUAUAUAUAUAUAUAUAUAUAUAUAUAUAUAUAUAUAUUAAAUUUAUUUGGGAUCGAGAAUUCAAGUCUGCAGUUACCCAGUACUAGGUUGUGGCACACAGGCCCUGGUUCAGUUAUAACUGCUGUUGAAUCGUUUAUGCAAAAGAUAAGAGUGAAAUUUCAGGAGGACUUUCAUAGUGGCUGAGAUCCAGACAGAAAGAAAGAUAAGUUUGUAAAUGAAGCAAGAACUUUAUUUUUCAAAUGGAGCCAUGAGAGCCAGGGUAAAAAAUCACAGUCCUUUAGGAAUGCUCAUGAUUUUUUUGUCCAACCUGAUAACUGAAAAAAGUAUAUUAAAUUAGGCUAUAGUUGAUUUAGAAUUAUUAUAUAGAUAAAAUUUAAAGAAGGAAGUAAAAUCACUCAUAGAUCAUAUUUUAAUAUCUUACUUACAAUUGUAUAGAUAUUUAGAGGAAACAUUCAUGUGUUAAUAUAUGAUUAUGAAUAGAAAGGGUCUAAUGCAACACACCCUUAAGUGUCCUUGGUAAAAAGAAAAAUAACCUGUUCAAAAUGAAUAAUCACAAUGUAUAAUUUCUUAUUACCAGAUAGAAAUUUUGAAUUAACACUUUUAAGACUGCAUUCUAAUUCACGUUUCUUUCAUAAUUUGCAUUCAUUGUGACAGCAGAUUUAAUUGUUGUUUUUAGUUCAAUGGCCUAGCAACGCAUUGCUAUGAUACCAAGGUACAUUGCUAUACGAUCCAUGGUUGUCACAAGUUAAACUGGUAGAGUCUGUGACGUCAGUGCUUUAACAUAAUCUAGUCCACUACUGCAUCCUUCCUCUCUACGCUUCUCCUUCUUCUCAGCGUAAGUUAUGUAUCGUGUACAUAUUUAUUAUGACAUUUUGUAAAGGAGAUUGUUAAAGUUAUUAAUAUAUUGGGUUUAACAUCUGGGUGCAACUUGUAUUUUUUUUAUGUAGAGUGACACACUUCCUGGGGAAGUGGUCUUUUUUUUUCUUUUUUAAAAGAUUGACUUGUAGGCCUGAUGGUAAUCAUCAUAGAUGUUGUAGCCAUUGCAAUAUUGUUGUUUUUGGAGACAGAUGUGCCAGAUUGCAAGACAAUGAACAAUGACUUAACCAGGUAGAUAGAUGGAUGAAGUGAUUGAAUGUAUGUUUGCUCAAUAUAUAUAUAUAUAUAUAUAUAUAUAUAUAUAUAUAUAUAUAUAUAUAUAUAUAUAUAUAUAUAUAUAUUUGUGUGUAUAAAUAAUCAUACACUUGCAUACAUACAUACACUCACUUAUAUAUAGCAUGUGAAUGAGAUUACUACAAAAACAAAAGUGCUAUUUACUGUAUUUUGUGCAUAUUAAUCUGGCUAUUUUAACUGUUUUAUUUCAUUCCGCUUAUGAUAAAACCACAUGGCACCUGUCAAAUGCCAGUCAAAUAAACAUUAACAUGAAAAGGGAAAAUGCAUAUUCUUUUUCACUUUCUCUUUCUGUUUUAAUACAUGUUUUCUGAUUUUUUGGUGAAUGUAUACUCAUAAUCAUGUCUUUUUUAAUGGUAAACAAGACAAAAGAAUUUUUUUUGUUCCCUUGUUUACACAAUUUGCACUCAUUUUUUAAAGAUUAUUUUCUCUGGACAGAAAAAAAUGAAGAAAAAAAAUGGAUGAUAAUUUUAACUUUUUAUUUUGUACAGAUGUGUGCUAAUGAUGGCAGGCAAAUUUUAUGUCAAACUUUGUAGAAUAAAGAUGAAUUGGAUAUGAAAUUUUUAA